AUGUUCGAUAUAGCGAAGGAGGUUGAAUACCAAGGCAAGAUAUUGCCUUCAACACACCCACAAAAUGUUCUGGUUAGAUCGAUAUCCGACAACGUAAUGAAGGCAAUGAAGGAUAAAGGGGACGGAUUGAACUGGGAGGUUGUGGUUGUGGACAAACCAGAAGAUUGCAAUGCGUGUUGCUACCCGGGAGGGAAGAUUGUGGUUUACACUGGCAUCCUUAAACAUCUUACAAGUGAUGCUGAAAUAGCAGCUGUGAUUGGGCAUGAGUUUGGGCACGGUGUUGCUAGACAUGGAGCUGAGAGUGUUACAAGCCUUGUGUGGUUGGGUUUUUUGAGAUUCAUACUAAAACGGUUCGUUAUGAGUUUCAUUGCCAAUGCAAUGUUAAAAAUUUUCUUAAAGCUUCCUCUGUCUCGAAGAAUGGAAAAGGAAGCAGAUUACAUAGGGAUGAUGUUGAUGGCUUCAGCUGGAUAUGAUCCUAGAGUAGCACCCAAGGUAUUUGAGAAGUUGGAGAAGUUGAUGGGUGAUGAAUCUUCAAUCGGAGAAUUUCUUUCCACUCAUCCAUCUGGAAAGAAGAGAGCUCAGUUGUUGUCUCAACCUAAGGUCAUGGCAAAAGCAACACGUUUAUACAGUGCAAACAUGAGAGAGCAGAGGCUGAGUCAGAGCAAUAAUAAUGAUAAUACAACUUCUAACUCGCUAGCUAUGAUUGAUUUAUUACAAAAUUUAUUUUUAACAGUUUUGGUUAACCAUCCAUCCCCUUGGUAG